AUGAGGUUUUCAGCCCUUGGAAUCACCGCUUAUGUGGCCCUGCUGCAGCCUGUCGCGGCCAACUUCGACGUCUACAUGGUAGAUGUGUACGAUGCCAUCUUCAAGUCCCAUAGCAGGGGCUGGCAGAUCUUCGAGGCUGAGCCUGGAUCCUGCGUGGACGUUCAGAACGCCCCCGUGUUCUGGGACAGCGGAGACAUGAACUUCAGUUUUCUCAACGGCCCUGUUUACCACUGGACGCUUUACAAGGACCGAGGCAGGACCAUGGUUGGAUUGGAUGGGAACACCUACGGCAACUGCAUUGUGUUUCCCGACGGUGACUACGACUGCAACAGCAUCUUCAACGGAAAGGAACAGCACCAUGGAUAUCGCAAGUUCCGUUGUCUGACGCAAUUCACGGCAGACCAGAUCAACCAUGGUUACUAG